AUGAAAAAACCCGUCUCGGACCACAUACGAGAGAAAACGAAUAAAGCAUAUGGCCAUAAUGGCGAAAGGGCAACGACUUUCCCUAUGAUGAUCAAAGUCGGGGACACCAGCUCGUUCGAUGCGAUCUCAUUCGCAAGGAGUAGUUCCUCGCUCGACAGCCGCUGCUGGGGUGUCACCCGGCAAACCACACCUCAUCAGCUUCAAAGAGAGAGAAGAGUCGGGAUCUGCCGCAUGCUCGCCCACGAAAAGAGGCUCUGUACCUCCCUUUCUCGAGUGGCCCGUCAGAAAUCUUACACUGUUUGCCACCCCGCGGGAUCCCCACCUUUAAGCCUUACAACACUUGCCCCAGCCUCGGCAAAGCUCAAAAGCAGCUCAUGA